GUGCAAUCAAAUAGAGAGUGUGAACAUGUGACAUGUUGCCCCACCAUGGGGUAAGUUGUCACAGUCGAUUUUGCAGCUAAUAAAACAAGGACAAAAUUAUUGUUGUUCUCAUUUUUUACUUGAAAGUGAAUCAGAUAACUUGAAUCAGAGUUAUUUAUAAACUAGUGCAUUUUAAUAGACAUAGAAAGACACUAUUUUACUGGAACAAAACACAGUAUGAUUAGUAAGGUUUCACUUCAACAAAACUUUAUGCACGAAUGAUCUCUUUGUUUCCUGACUUGACUUUUGAUUUGUUACAUAUUUUCAUAAGGUUGUGUUUUCUUCCAUCUCUUCCUGUCUACUUCAACUGGCUUUGUCAGCUUUUACUUUUGUAUUGUGGGAAAUCAAACAUCAAGUGACUAUUUAUAAAACCAUAUUUUCACACAUGAGAAAACCAAAUCAAUGGGUAACUUGGUAGGCUGCAAAGCCCAGAAAGCCUACAACAAUCCUUCAUCUAAUCUAUUAAUAAAAACCUCCAGUAUUAACAAUAUUUGUCCAGUUUUGCUUUACAGUAUGUACAACUACUUUCUAUUGUGAAAGUAGAAAGAAAUAUCUUUCAACACGUUUGUUUAAGGUUCUUAUUUCUUUGCUCAAACUCUCAAAUGAUCAUACUGUUCAACAGAAUAUUUACAUGUUCUCACAUUUUUAUUUUGAGCUCUUUGUUCGUGCAUACAUCUUUAUUAGGUUGUUCAGAGUGGUGAAGAGGAAACUGACUUACAGUAUAUAGGCCCAAAGAAAAUGAAGUACACCAUCAUGCACCUGCACCGAGUCACCACUUAAAAUAGCUCACACACCAGCCCGCAGGUUCCUGUAAAACCCACCAAAAUGUGUCAUAUGAUCAUGAUUGGUUCAAACAGUAUCAGUGACAACUUAUAUCAGGGACACAAAUGUUGAUAAAGUCAUUAUAAUUUCAGAAACACACUCUGAAAACUUUGACUUCCUUGAGCAUCUCAGGACCAAACUAAACCAGAUCCCAAAUUAAACAUCAUGGAAGAAUCAGAUAUCUAUGCUAACAUAGAGACCCCAUCAGGUUAUCGAAAAUGCUCAGAGAGUAUUAAUGCAAAUCAAGACAUCUGUCAGACCCUUGAGACACAUGUAGCUGGACCUGCACAUUCAGGUAAGGAACAUAAUGGACCAAGUAUAUGAACAGGCUGUGUGACACAAACUCAGGUGAGCAUGGAAAUAUGUCGAAAAUUGCAUACUUAUCUUUCAUGGACUUACAGUUACAGAAUCCAACAGUCAUAUAUUUGCCGUCUGGAGAGUAUUGAUGGCAAAAUGUUUCAAAUGUGAAGGAUUAUAUGACAAUCCAUCAACAAACUCUCGAAUUAUUUCAGAUGGAACCAAGUGAGAGCAAUUUAUUUCAAAAACAUCGAUUUCACACGAGAAAACAAACUCAUGAGAAAUGUUGACUUUCUUUCUCAGAUGCCAGAGAUGUUAAGAGAAGAUACAGAAUUACUGUCGUGUUACUGGGUCUGCUAUGCGUUCUCCUUUUGGUUGGACUCAUGGUUCUGAUUUUCCAAUGUGAGUACUGGAGUAGCAUGCUGAUAAAGCCCUAAGCAAGGAUUUUACAUUACCUGUUUGAUGUUUGUUUUACAGAUUACGAACACGACUCUGAGUGGAAAACAGACAUGAGGUUGCUGCACAUUGGUGACAACAACCUGACCAAUGAAAGGGACCAGUUACAGACCAGGUACAACAGUUUGGCUGAAGAACGCAACCAGUUACAGACCAGGUACAACAAUUUGGCUGAAGAACGCAACCAGUUACAGACCAGUUACAACAAUUUGGCUGAAGAACGCGACCAGUUUAGAAGAAGGUUGGAGGAACAGAACAGAGAGAGAAAUGAGCUGCAGAAAAAGCUUCAAGGUAAGUUUUUUUGGUUCAUGCCGACCAAAUUCUUCUUUGUACUGACCAUGUGUGAACAAAAUGAUACAUUAUUCAAGUUUGAGACCUUUUCUGCUUUUCUUGUUUGUCUUUUACAUUCUGUGGUCUGGUCUUGUAGGCUCCCUUCACACAUUCAACUUAUUUACAUGCAUAGUGAACUUUUUAUUACCUUUAUAAUUUUAUAAACUUCUGUCAAGUCAAUAUGAUCAACAAAUUACUAAAAAAACACCUGAAUACAGUCCAAUAAAUGAUAAAAAUGUCCUCUUGUAAUUUAUCAGUAUCCAAAAACAUCUAACGUGUCAAACGGGAUAAAUAAAUUUAUUUGUGAAAUUUUAAGGACAUUUGAUUUUUUUGGUUUUCAGUAGUAAGUGAAAUAAAUAUUUCAGCUCAAAAAAUGUUUAAUUUUUUGCCCAUAAUUUGUGGUGUCAGGCAUUUAAGAGCUACGUCAACCAAUGGUCGUAGCUCGAUUGGGCGGUUUAACUGGACUGCUGUUCUUGUCCCAGUUUACAUGUACUUGGCAAAAAUUAGAGUUAUUGACAGAAGUGUGUCCACCUCCUUCUAAUGAUUUAAUGAGAUUUCUGUUGGACUAGUGUAUUUACACGUUGUUGUUUUUUUUAACUCAGGCAAUGAAUUAUUUUUUUUAUUAACAACAUGUAAAUGUACUGACUGCCAAAGUUGGUUUAGAAAUUUAGAAGCUAACCUCAGCAAACUAUCUGCACUUAUCAUACAGGAGUCAAAACCCGAUCACAUUUAUAUCCAUGUUGGAGAAACAGAAACAAUGUUGAAAAAAUAAAUAGAUAAAAACAAAUAAAAGGGGAAAUACAAGUGAAAACACCUUGGAGACCAGGUUCUGCUGUUGAGCAAUGAUGCAGCUGUACACUUGGAAAAUACAGUGAUAAUUUUUUAAAGAUCAAAUUUAUUGAUACUCAAUAUUUCAACCUAAACCUCGAUUUUAAUCAGACCUAAUCUUUGAUAACUGAGAAAUUAAGACUUUUUUCCCUAAUUUACAACAGAUUAUCGAUGGAUUCGUUCCGGCACAAGUCUCUAUUACAUCUCAACUCAGCAGAAGUCCUGGGAAGAGAGUAGAGCUUACUGUCAGGGUAGAGGUUCAGACCUUAUGAUUAUCAACAGCAGAGAGGAACAGGUGUGAACCAAUGAAUUCAUUUGCAAAUCUGUUUGUUAAAGAUUUAGAAAGACUGACUGUUACUUUGUGUUGACAAGGAAUUUGCAAGACGUCUCCGAAAGCGUCUGUGGAUUGGCCUGACUGACAGAGACACAGAGAAGAAGUGGAAAUGGGUGGAUGGGACCCCACUGAGUACAAGGUUCACACUUUUUAUUGCCUUGCUGUAUGGUGACCAGCAUGUUUUCAAUUGUAGUCAUUCGCUCUGCAUUAAGUAUCUUCAGUAUUAUGGAGAGUGCAGCUGUCCUUGCUAAGAAAACAGCCUUUUCAAUGCAAUUUAAUGCAGUCUAAUGCAAAAUGAUGUUACGCCCCAAACAGCUGUUUUUUGUAAUGAAAAUGGGAGGAAUAGAGAGCGGGAAAGUAGGGUUUUAAAAUCACAUACCCUUGUGUUUAUUGCUGGACCAAGGAACGAAGUCUGGGCAGAUAUUUAUAUUCAAACCCAAAUCCCCAAAAUUUGGGAUGCUUUGACAAAUGUUGAAAGACUUUUUGAGGAUUGGGGUCAUGUAUGAGCUGAAGUCUGCACAGGUGUCUUUCUUUGGGGGUAGAAAUACUGUGCAAAAAUCUGCUGUGACAAAAACAUGAGCUUUUUCGAUUUGUCUUACUUUAGGGACUUUGGGAAGCCUUGUAAACACAACACAUGUUUUUAUUCUUUUCUAGGGACCUCAGCUAAAGCCAGCUAAACAAAGACAUUAAUAUGGGCUGCAUUUUCUAACUUGUGAUUUCAGUUACUGGGCCUCAGGGGAACCAAAUGGUCAACCAGACAGAGAUGAAGACUGCGCAGAAAUCAAGAUGUAUGAUCAGGAAAACAGCUGGAAUGAUGCGUCGUGCCGAGUGUCACUGUACUGGAUCUGUGAAAAACCACUUGCACCAUAGCCAACACCCAAACCUACAUGAUAAUGACAAAAAAGGCAGGAGAUACUCUUUUAAUUUCUUUAUAAAUUUGCUGAGAAAGAAUGCUAACAAAAAAAAAAAAACGCUUCCUCCUAAGAUCAGGUCUGAGGUUUCCCUCUUCCUCUUGCACCUGUCUGUGCUCUACAGACAAAUCUCACAUCAGACAAAUCUCUAAAUGCAGCUAAACCACAGAUUGUUCAACACGUUUCUUUGUUAGUUUCACUUGUAUCAACAUGAGUUUGUGAAACACUGAUGAUAAAGUUCCACAAAUCAAUCGCAUUUAAUGAAAAAUCACCUCAUUAUGAUAGAUAAAAAUCAAAAUUACUCAUGAAGAGAAGGGAGGAGGAGGAAUUUUUUGUAUUUAACAACCUCCUUCUCAACACUUUGGGAUGCUAUUUAAACUCAUAAUAAAAACUGAUUUUGAUAGUUUAUGAACCAUUUUAGUUGUUUUUCUUUUUAAUUCCAUGUAGAGCAUAAUAGCCUUACAUUUGACACUUUGAUAAAUAAAACGGGAUUAAAGUUGACAAUGGCUGUAAGCCUUCUGAGUAUGAUUUUAUCAUUUAUUGUGGUUGUAACUGCUCGAUUUGAAAAUAAUAUUCAUAUUUUUCACUUCUUUAUCUAUGUAUUGGGUGGGGCUAUCACUUUGUCAUCUGCGUGGUCUAGAGAGGAACUUUGGGUGUUUGUGAAUUUUGGCACCCACAGAUGACAAAGUUGGAAACACUAAGUGCAACAAGAUGUUUUCACUUUUCUGCACCUCGGUGAUCUGUACUACUGUAACCUCUGAAUACUUAGUUGGCUCAAUGUCUUCAAAAGGAAGAGGAAAAAAUUAUAUCUUUUGUAAAAGGUGUAGCUUAGCUGGAGCACUAAGUGAAAAAGGCAGACAGAGGAAGAAUAGGUUCACCUGCACAUCCAGUACUUCCUGCUGUCUGCUUCGAGAUCAAAGUAUUGGAGGAUGAUAAAGAUGACAUAUAUAGUAGGGGAGACCGGGGCUUGUUGUCACACUUUUUACACUCUUACAUAUUUCUUGGAAUCAACACAUCAAACAAAAUGUGUACCAGAUGAAAGACCAAAGUCUCGGGUAUGUAUUUCGUCUUCAUGUCAUUUUCAUAUCAGUGCAGAGUUAUAAGCAAUAGGUCAAACAAUCAAAUAGAGAGUGUGAAUAUGUGACAUGUUGCCCCACCAUGGGGUAAGUUGUCACAGUGGAUUUUGCAGCUAAUAAAACAAGGACAAAAUUAUUGUUGUUCUCAUUUUUUACUUGAAAGUGAACAGAUAACUUGAAUCAGAGUUAUUUAUAAACUAGUGCAUUUUAAUAGACAUAGAAAGACACUAUUUUACUGGAACAAAACACAGUAUUAUUAGUAAGGUUUCACUUCAACAAAACUUUAUGCACGAAUGAUCUCUUUGUCUCCUGACUUGACUUUUGACUUGUUACAUAUUUUCAUAAGGUUAUUGUUUUCUUCCAUCUCUUCCUGUCUACUUCAACUGGCUUUGUCAGCUUUUACUUUUGUAUUGUGGGAAAUCAAACAUCAAGUGAUGAUUCAUAAAACCAUAUUUUCACACAACAUGAGAAAACAUAAAUAAAUCAAUGGGUAACUUGUUAUACUGCAAAGCCCAGAAAGCCUACAACUAUCCUUCAUCUAAUCUAUUAAUAAAAACCUCCAGUAUACACAAUAUUUGUCCAGUUUUGCUUUACAGUAUGUCCAACUACUUUCUAUUGUGAAAGUAGAAAGAAAUAUCUUUCAACACGUUUGUUUAAGGUCCUCAUUUCUUUGCUCAAACUCUCAAAGGAUCAUACUGUUCAACAGAAUAUUUACAUGUUUUCGCAGUUUUUAUUUUGAGCUCUUAGUUUGUCGGUGCAUACGUCCUUAUCAGGUCGUUCAAAGUGAUAAAGAGGAAAUUGACUUAUAUAGGCCCAAAGAAAAUGAAGUACACCAUCAUGCAGCUGUACUGAGUCGCCACUUAAAAUAGCUCACACACCAGCCCGCAGGUUCCUGUAAAAGCCACCAAAAUGUGUCAAUAUGAUCAUGAUUGGUUCAUACAGUAUGAGUGACAACUUAUAUCUGGGACACAAAAGUUGAUAGAGUCAUUAUAAUUUCAGAAACACACUCUGAAAACUUUGACUUCCUCAAGCAUCUCAGGACCAAACUAAACCAGAUCCCAAAUUAAACAUCAUGGAAGAAUCAGAUAUCUAUGCUAACAUAGAGACCCCAUCAGGUUAUCAAAAAUGCUCUGAGGAUAUUUAUGCAAACCAAGAUACCUGUCAGACCCUUGAGACACAUCCAGCUGGACCUGCACAUUCAGGUAAGGAACAUAAUGGACCAGGUAUAUGUGAACAGGCUGUGUGACACAAACUCAGGUGAGCAUGGAAAUAUGUCGAAAAUUGCAUACUUAUCUUUCAUGCAAUCAUUAAUGGACUUACAGUUACAGAAUCCAACAGUCAUAUAUGUGCCGUUUGGAGAGUAUUGAUGGCAAAAUGUUUCAAAUGUGAAGGAUUACAUGACAAUCCAUCAACAAACUCUCGAGUUAUUUCAGACGGGACCAAGUGAUUGCAAUUUAUUUCAAAAACAUCGAUUUCACACUAGAAAACAAACUCAUGAGAAAUGUUGACUUUCUUUCUCAGAUGCCAGAGAUGUUAAGAGAAGAUACAGAAUUACUGUCGUGUUACUGGGUCUGCUUUGCGUUCUCCUUUUGGUUGGACUCAUGGUUCUGAUUUUCCAAUGUGAGUACUGGAGCAGCAUGCUGAUAAAGCCCUAAACAAGGAUUUUACAUUACCUGUUUGAUGUUUGUUUUGCAGAUUACAAACACGACUCUGAGUGGAAAACAGACAUGAGGUUGUUACGCGUUAGUAACAACAACCUGACCAAUGAAAGGGACCAGUUACAGACCAGUAACAACAAUUUGGCUGAACAACGCAACCAGUUACAGACCAGGUACAACAAUUUGGCUGAAGAACGCAACCAGUUACAGACCAGUUACAACAAUUUGGCUGAAGAACGCGACCAGUUUCGAAGAAGGUUGGAGGAACUGAACAGAGAGAGAAGUGAGCUGCAGAAAAAGCUUCUAGGUAACUUUUAUCGGUUCAUGCCGACCAAAUUCUUCUUUGAACUGACCAUGUGUGAACAAAAUGAUACAUUAUUGACGUUUGAGACCUUUUCUGCUUUUCUUGUUUGUCUUUUACAUUCUGUGGUCUGGUCUUGUAUGCUCCCUUCACACAUUCAACAUAUUUACAUGCAUAGUUAACCCUUUAUUGCCUUUUGUAUCAUAUUUGAUACAUAAUUUUAUAAACUUCUAUCAAAUCAAUAUGAUCAACAAAUUACAAAUAAAAACACCUGAAUACAGUCCAGUAAAUGAUAGAAAUGUCCUCUUGUAAUUUAUCAGUUUCCAAAAACAUCUAACGUGUCAAACGGGAUAAAUAAAUUUAUUUGUGAAAUUUUAAGGACAUUUUGAUUUUUUUGGUUUUCAGUAGUAAGUGAUAUAAACAUUUCAGCUCAAAAAAUGUCGAAUUUUUUGCCCAUAAUUUGUGGUGUCAGGCAUUAAAGAGCUACGUCAACCAAUGGUCGUAGCUCGAUUGGGCGUUUUAACUGGGCUGCUGUUCUUGUCCCAGUUUACAUGUACUUGACAAAAUUUGAGUUUUUGACAGAAGUGUGCCCACCUCCUUCUCUCCUCCAUGAUUUUCAACUUCUGGCUCAAAGCCGCAUGUGGGAACAUGCUUAGGCCGGUUUCAGUUUCAAAUCUAUCCCAACAACAUAAUCCAGAUAUAUUGAACUGACUAGACGUUUGAUUUAAUGAGAUCUCUGUUGGACUAGUGUAUUUACACGUUUUGUUUUUGUUUUGUUUUUUAACUCAGGCAAUGAAUGAUUUUUUUUAUUAACAACAUGUAAAUGUACUGACUGCCAAAGUUGGUUUAGAAAUUUAGAAGCUAACCUUAGCAAACUAUCUGCACUUAUCAUAAUACAGGAGUCAAAACCCGAUCACAUUUAUAUCCAUGUUGGAGAAACAGAAACAAUGUUGAAAAAAUAAAUCGAUAAAAACAAAUAAUAGGGGAAAUACAAGUGAAAACACCUUGGAGACCAGGUUCUGCUGUUGAGCAAUGCUGCAACUGUACACUUGGAAAAAUACAGUGAUAAUUUUUUAAAGAUUAAGUUAUUGAUACUAAAUGUUUCAACCUAAACCUCGAUGUUAAUCAGACCUCAUAUUUGAUAACUGAGAAAUUAAGACUUUUUUCCCUAAUUUACAACAGAUCAUGGAUGGAUUCGUUACGGUACAAGUCUCUAUUACAUCUCAACUCUGCAGAAGUCCUGGGAAGAGAGUAGCGAUGACUGUCAGGGUAGAGGUUCAGACCUUAUGAUUAUCAACAGCAAAGAGGAACAGGUGUGAACCAAUGAAUUCAUUUGCAAAUCUGUUUGUUAAAGAUUUAGAUAGACUGACUGUUACUUUGUGUUGACAAGGAAUUUGCAAGACGUCUCCGAAAGCGUCUGUGGAUCGGCCUGACUGACAGAGACACAGAGAAGAAGUGGAAAUGGGUGGAUGGGACCCCACUGAGUACAAGGUUCACACUUUUUAUUGCCUUGCUGUAUGGUGACCAGCAUCUUUUCAACUGUAUUCAUUCGCUCUGCAUUGAGUAUCUUCAGUAUUGUGGAGAGUGCAGCUGUCCUUGCUAAGAAAACAGCCUUUUCAAUGCAAUUUAAUGCAGUCUAAUGUAAACUGAUGUUACAUCCCAAACAGCUGUUUUUUGUAAUGAAAAUGGGAGGAAUAGAGAGCGGGAAAGUAGGGUUUUAAAAUCACAUACCCUUGUGUUUAUUGCUGGACCAAGGGACGAAGACUGGGCAGAUAUUUAUAUUCAAACCCAAAUCCCCAAAAAUUGGGAUGCUUUGACAAAUGUUGAAAGACUUUUUGAGGAUUGGGGUCAUGUAUAAGCUGAAGUCUGCACAGGUGUCUUUCUUUGGGGGUAGAAAUACUGUGCAAAAAUCUGCUGUGACAAAAACAUGAGCUUUUUCGAUUUGUCUUACUUUAGGGACUUUGGGAAGCCUUGUAAACACAACACAUGUUUUUAUUCUUUUCUAGGGGCCUCAGUUAAAGCCAACUAAACAAAGACAUUAAUAUGGGCUACAUUUUCUAACUUGUGAUUUCAGUUACUGGGCCUCAGGGGAACCAAAUGGUCAUUCAGGCAAUGAUGAAGACUGCGCAGAAAUCAAGGUGUAUGAUCAGGAAAACAGCUGGAAUGAUGCGUCGUGCACAGAGCCACUGUACUGGAUCUGUGAAAAACCACGUGCACAAUAGCCAACACCCAAACCUACAAGAUAAUGACAAAAAAGGCAGGAGAUACUCUUUUAAUUUCUUUAUACAUUUGCUGAGAGAAUGCUAACAAAAAAAAACAAAAAAAGAAAAAAAACGCUUCCUCCUCAGAUCAGGUCUGAGGUUUCCCUCUUCCUCUAGCACCUGUCUGCACUCCAGAGACAAAUCUCACAUCAGAUAAAUCUCACAGUCUAAAUGUAGCUGAACAACAUAGUGUUCAACAUGUUUCUUUGUUAGUUUCACUUACCAACAUGAGUUUGUGAAACACUGAUGAGAUGAGUUCCACAAAUCAAUCACAUUUAAUGAAAAAUCACCUCAUGAUGAUAGAUAAUAAUCAAAAUUACUCAUGAAGAGAAGGGAGGAGGAGGAUUUUUUUGUAUUUAACAACCUCCUUCUCAACACUUUGGGAUGCUAUUUAAACUCAUAAUAAAAACUGAUUUUGAUAUUUUAUGAACCAUUUUAGUUGUUUUUUCUUUUUAAUUCCAUGUAGAGCAUAAUAGCCUUACAUUUGACACUUUGAUGAAUAAAAGGGCAUUGAAGUUGACAAUGGC